AUGAUAUAAGUAAUUGAAGAGAGAAGUGAGGGAUAAUAAUAAUAAUUUGGAAUUGAUGGAGUUUCAUUGAGAAUGUGGGAAGAAGGUAAUUAAGUUUUCUAAGUUUUUAGUAGCCAAUUAAUAUAGAUAGGAGAUAUAGUCUAUGUAACUUUAGUGGUGGUAAAAUAGUGUGGAUAAAUUGUUUUAAAAGUGCAAUGGAGUUCCUAAGAAAUAUCUAGAGAAAUUGAAGGUGAUGAUGAUGGGCAAGUCAAAUAGGCAAUGUAGUAUAUGUUGUAAUUAAUUCUAAAAAGGUAUCGACAUUUUAUUUAAAUAGAUGAACUAAUUACGCAGCUACCUUGUAAGCAUAUCUACCACAAAUCUUGUGUGGACUCAUGGCUUUAGAGUAGCACGAAAUGUCCAAAUUGCCGAUCAGAUGUUUUAGAAGCCUUAAAGAAUAUGGAGAAAUGA